UACUGCUCUGAGUUGAUAGACAGAGAGAAAAAAGGGCAAACGAGAGAGAAACAGAGAGACUGACAGUGACGGUGAAACGGAGAGGACCGACAGCGACGGAGAACCGGAGAGACCGACAGCGACGGAGAACCGCAGAGACCGACAGCGACGGAGAACCGGAGAGACUGACAGUUACGGAGAAACGGAGACACUGACAGUGAGAGAGAGGAUAACUUUUCCAUUACUGCUUUGUCUUGCUUUGCAUUGGUCCACUUUUCACGGUUUUCUAGAAGGACACUUUCAAGAUGUUAAUGACGUUCCUGCUCCUGAUGUGGUUCCUCACGAGAUCAAGCCCCUCGCAAGAUGUGAGUUGCCUGAUCAUCAACCUUGAGUAUGUAAACUGCACCUGGGAGCAGAGGAACCAGAAUUUCAACUUUACCUUCUACACCACGUUUGACAAGGCGAAGAACUUCACAGAGUGUCAGCAAUACGUGUGGAUGGAGGACGGCAGCGUUGGCUGCAGGGUGCCUUAUGUCCGAGGCUCCAGAUUCAACACACUGCUCACCAAGCUGCUCUGGGCCAACGUCAGCAUUGAGGAGCACCACGAACUUCGGUCUAUGGUGAAAAUGAACCCGCCCACCAACCUUUCACUGGUAAAGUUGGAAAACAACUCAGGGCUGUGGUUAUACUGGAAUUCCAGCAUGCUUCCCAGUUGUAUGGAGAACGCUGUACGUUACAGGAAAGACUGGGAAUCCUGGAAGGACCUCUCCGUCGGAACGAGGACUUCUUUCAACAUUCCCGUUCCUUCGGAGUACAGCUCCUACACCUUCCAGGUGAAAGUGCGUGUAUCUUCUUCCUGUGGUGAGUCCAGGUUCUGGAGCGAGUGGAGCUCGCCUGUGUUCUGGCGCCCAGCCCGAACCAAAGAACCCCCGGAUACCAGAGGAAUGUUUGACCUAUUCCUGUACUUUAUAAUUGGUGUGUUACUAUUUAUUGCCUCAGUUGGUGUGCUGCUUUAUUACAAGAGACUCAUUCCUGUAGCACCCAGUCCUGGCAAGAACCUGAAGGAUCUUCUUCAUACUUACAAUGGAAACGUCGAGGAAUGGCUGCACGCCUGUAUCCCCAAGGAGUUGGUGGAGGGCUUCAAGCCCAAUUUCUGCGAGUCAGCCUGCACUGUUCGUGAGUAUAGGCUCAUCCCACAGGCCACACUCCAGCGCUCCACCUGCUCCCUCCCCUUCCUCACUGACCAAUCAGAUGGCACGGAUUGCCUUUUUACUUCAUGCUCAACUUCCACAUCCUCCAUCUCCUCCCCGAUGGGAAACACACCUCCCACAUGUAACGGGCAUCAUGCAGAUGAUGUCCAGCCACCUCGAGUUGUCCAUCCUGCAGUCUGAGUGUGACGUUCUAGACUGGACUCCGGUCAUUAGCAGGGUGUUAAUGCUCAGGAGGAAGCCAGAACAGAAAGAAGCCCACAUGAGCACAGGAACAGGGAGAGGAUCAACCCCAUAACCCAGGGACAGGAUCAACCCCAUAACCCAGGCACAGGAUCAACCCCAUAACCCAGGCACAGGAUCAACCCCAUAACCCAGGCACAGGAUCAACCCCAUAACCCAGGCACAGGAUCAACCCCAUAACCCAGGCACAGGAUCAACCCCAUAACCCAGGGACAGGAUCAACCUCACAACCACAAUAAGUUAUUGUCCCUUUGAAUUUUCAGGCUUAUUACAUUGUAUGUGCAUUAGUCAGCCACAUAUGCUGAAUGUUUUUGUUUUCAGGACAUUCUGGGAUACUCAGGUAUGUCAUAAUUUGAUGUGUCUUGGGCUUGAUUCAUCUUUUUUUUAUGAGGAAAAGCUACUUGCGCCCAGGGGUGUUGCUAGAGAUUUUGGGCCCCAUGAAAGCAUGUCAGGUUGGGCCCCAUGAAAGCAUGUCAGGUUGGGCCCCGCAGUCCAGACCAACAAAAUGUUUUAGGGCUGUGGUCAGUCAGGGGCCCCUGGAAUCACCCUGACCCACCCUGUACGGUGCCCCUGCUUGUGCCUAUUGAAAUUUCUCAAGUUUUAGUCUCAUCUAAAAUAAAAUUUGAAGGCACCACAAACAUAAUAUUAUACAUGUUGAGAUUAGUGUCUCUAUUACGUGGGGAUGCAGGGCUUUCAUUGGGGAUCUUUCUAUGGCGUAAUAUUGUAAAGGAAUACAUGGUUAAUGACAGGCAGAAAUGAACAUCUUUAAUUCUACAUCCAUUUGGUAACUUGUUGAAGUUAUCUGAUAAAUAGCAAUGCAUGGUUUUAUAUUUAUUUUUUUAUUUAUUACUUUAUAACUUCUGAAAGAAGCAUUGCUUAGUUCAGCGAUUCUCAAUCCAUGGGUCGUUCUGAGCGGGUGAUGAGGCAGAGUGGGAAAUGUAAGCAUUUUAAAAUCAGCAGGAUCCUGUGCUGAUCUGCGAUCAGACGGUUUUGGAGUCUAAUGCUGAAUGUUUAUCGUUUUCUGUCUAUAUAUGCAAUGAUUGGUAAAGUGAAAUUAGAGGAUGAAACUCUGCAUUUUAGCCUCAAACAAACCAACUCUCUAGCAGUCAUUGUGUUUACAUGUAGGAGGUGUUCCUGUUACACGAUGAGCACCUUCUACGGAGCUUGACAUCAAACAUACAUACACGACCUUUGUGAAUAAAUAUUGCUCCUCGGGUUCAUCAUUGAUGAUGUGUCCAAGUAGCACCAAGAGGUGUAUUUCAGAGCGGAAAUAUCCAGUGAUUGUCUUCCUAAUAAGUAGAAUGCCGCGUUUUGUUGUUAUUUCCAGUAGCACCCCAGCCAAAUUUUUGUUUUUCUAUUCCUUUAUUUAUAGACUUAUAAUGAAUAAAUUAUAAAUAUGAUUUCCCCAGAAGGGUAGUGCGUGGACCAUUGCGGAAGCGAAUAUGUGCUUUGUUUUCCAUCUAAGUUGGUUAAUAUCAAUAUUUUAUGGAUGCUUUUCCUGAAAAAUGUUUAAAAUAUAUGCCUCUUUGCACACAGAAUUACUUUGGAAUACUUUAGCACACAACAUUGCAACUUGGAGGAUCAUAAGAACAUAAGUUCUCUGGAUUCCAAGGAUAUGCAAUUCAUGUCUGCGUGUUAUACCUAUCAAAAGUAACUAGCCUGAUAUUAACAGGUGUGAAAAUCAAUGCAUUUUGCAUUGGUCGGGUUCUAAUGAUAAAGAAUGCGUAUUAUUAUGCGUAAUGGUACUGAAAUCUGUGAAGGUCAGACCAGAGGUGAAGAUCAGACCGGAGAGGCACACAUUUUAUGGAAGGGCAAUGGGGUAAAAAUGCGCUCAAAUCUGACAUGUCAAGGCAGACAUUUUAUGGAAGGGCAAUGGGGUAAAAAUGCGCUCAAAUCUGACAUGUCAAGGUGCACAUUUCAUGGAAGGGCAAUGGGGUAAAAAUGCGCUCAAAUCUGACAUGUCAAGGUGUACAUUUUAUUAGUGUAAUUUCCACCCAGUUCCAAAGAAACUGCUUACUGUUCGCCCCAACAAAGGAAACAAUCUGCACUAUAUUUUAAUUUUAACACAAACUGUAGCUUGGACUGAGUAGCUAAAUAUACAUUUAUGACUAUAUUGUUGGCAUCUCUGUAGCUUUUAAAUGAACAUUGAAAGUGUAGCAUCAGAUAGCAUUGUCAGAGAUAAUGUAAUUUUACAAAAACUUUGUAUAAAUAUGUUUUUAUAACUUUCAAGAUUAUUUCUUUUAAUGAUUUAUCUUUUAUUAUCAAUCUCAUUGUAUUACUCACAUGGAAUGUUGGGAGGCCAGUCUAAACUGCUUGUUAUUUUAUGUUUGUUGAUUUUGUGUUCUCAAGGUUUAACGUUCCUAUUGGUGUUUCAAAUACAUUUCCUUGUUUCUGCUCCUUGUUCUCUGUGCAUUUGGUUGUCCUGGUUUUGUUUUCCCUUAGUGCUUGGUCAUUUCUCCCUGUCUGUUAAUUGACCUCUCUGUGCCUGUUAAUUGUAAUUACCCCACCUGUUCCUUAUUGUCCCAUAUCAUUAAUAAUCAGUUGAUUUGUUAUGGUUCUCACCUGUCCCCUGUCCAGCGGUCCUGAAGGAACACAAUGUCCCCCUGUCUCUAGACAGGAUCCCACCCUCUGAAACAGCCAAGGGGACUCAGUAGGCCACACGCUGGGCACCAAGUGUGGGCGUAACUGACUUUUAUAUCUAUGAAUUCUGUUCGGCACCAGGCAUGGAAGUAAGUUUACCUGACACGACUUAAGGAAAAUAAGAUGUCUUUAUUAAAGCAGGGCGUGCCUGGAGUUGACAGCAAAAAAAAGCAGAGUAUCCUCAUUCUUAAGAAGUGAACCCCUGAACAACAGAAAAGCUGAGUUCUUAUACAUUUCUGUAACUUCCAUUUUUUUAACCCAUUGGCUAAGACGGUGGCUCCUGUCCACGAACGGAAGUGUGUGAUGGUCUCAGAGGUGACAGCAUUGUACACCUCUGCAUCCCUUUAAGUCCCCAGCCAGACAGUCAUGAUAAUUAACCCCUGUUUAUUAUUGUAGUUUUGCUGUGUUCCUUCCUACCUUUGGUGUUGCUCUGUGCCUUACUUUCCGUUUUUCCAGUUUUUUUUUUGACCCCUUGCAGUCCCUUCAUUCUCCCUUUCUGCUUAAAGAAAUAAACCAUGAUUUACUGGAGCUGCUACCUGGAUCAUCUAGUUACCCUGUUAGUGUAUUAAGUAAUGUAAAUAUUUUGAUUACUUCAUCAAAGUUAUGCAACUCAUUUCAUUUGAUUACUUUAUCAUUAAUUUUCUGACAAAUGCUUUAAACUGCAAUAAUAAACCUGUCAAGUGCCGACGGCUUUGCUGGCCUGCAGUGUCUGGAAAUAAACCGAAAGAAGGUAUUUCUGCACAGUAGAAAGAUGCAAAGCAACAGAAUGAAUGUAAUAUUCUACGUUUAAGCUUUUUAAAAACCAUAUUUCAAUGUAUUCAUAUAUUCCUUUCUAAUAAACAACAUUUUGAUGUGUAACUGUAAUUUAAUUACUUAUUUUUCUCAGUAAUUUUAACAGAUUGCAGUUAGAUGUAUCUUGUAAUUUCAUUAUCUAAUGCUGUUGCAUGUUACUAGCUACUCCCCAACACUGAUUACGGGAGUUGUAGCACAGUAAAUGUCGCAAAAAGCAAUUGCACUAUACAAUUUGAAUUUGAAUUUGUCAUUUUUUUUUGUCCAUACAUCGAAUAACUGGUAACUGGAACAGGUGUUAUCUUUAUGUUUCCCAGCAUAUUUAUAUACCAAAGCAUUAUAACUGGGCUAUGGAUUUCAUUUUUGUUAUACUGUUUACUAUCGUAUGAAAGUAGAUCAUUUAUGGGUACUUUUAAUAAAUUAUAAGCAUCAA